AAUCAUUGCAGCUCUAAGAAGUGAAGAGAUUGAUUGGCGUUUAAAGAUUGUGACAUCAGUUCCUAAUGCUUUCAUUGUCAACUUUUAUGUGCGCUUCUUCCUUGGGUUCCCUGAAAACCUGUAAUCAGAUCAAGUUGGAGAAGCCUGCAAACAAUGCCCCGGCAUUGGCAGUCCUUCCAGCGGAGGAAAUCUUUCUAAAUUCAGCGUCAUCAGUUCGUUUACUAAAUUCAUGUGCUGGUGAGAGAAACCCGAAGUUUGGGCAUGGCAUCCAUGCUGGCGUUUUGAAGUCUGGCCUUGUUGCUUAUGCCUUUGUGGCUAAUUCUCUCUUGGACUUUUACUCAAAAUGUGGGCAACUGGAAGAUGCUUUUAAGGUGUUUGAUCUUAUGCCUGUUAAAACCAUUGUGUCAUGGACUUCCAUGAUGUCAGGAUGCUGCCAGAAUGGGUCUGCUAAUGUAGCAAUUUCAAUUUUCCAACAGAUGUUAUCAGAAAGGAUGCAGCCCAAUGAGUUCACCUUUGCAGUUCUCCUACAAGCUUGUGGGCAGACUCGCAAUGUGAAACUGGCAGAGAUGAUUCAUGGUAAUCUCAUUGUCAAUGAAUUAAUUGAACAUCAGUUUCUACAAUACUCUAUGAUAGACACAUACGCGAAAUGUGGGGUUUCCUUGGCUGCUGAGAAAUUGAUAGAGAAGUCAUGUUGUAGAGAUGUGGUUUCUUGGACUAUGGCAAUUUCUGGUUGUGUUCUCAAUGGAUUGAUUGAGAGGGCCUUUGUUUUGUUUUGUGACAUGUUAGCAGAUGGGGUUGCACCAAAUCGAGUAACAUUUCUGAGCAUUAUUCAAGCGUGUUCUUUGCUGAACAGAUGGUGGGUCUCUAGGUGUAUCCAUGGUUUUGUUAUAAAAUCACAAUUUUAUAUGGAUACUCUUGUGACAAAUUCUCUUAUACAAAUGUAUUCUAAAAGUGGUAAUUACGAAGAAAGUAUUAAGAAUUUUCGGGAGUUCUGUGUCAGGGGUGAUGGUCGUGAUCUUACACCAGAGACAAUGGCUACACUUCUUCAAGGGUGUGGGCAUUUAAACUGUUUGAGGCAGGGGAAAGAAGUACAUGGCUACUUGAUCAGACACAGGCUUUUGCCCUGCAUUGUGGUGGAGAAUUCCCUCAUGGACAUGUAUGCAGAAAAUAAACAAGAUGAUGUAGCGUUUCGAAUAUUUGGCAAGAUGAAUGAAAAGGACAUAGUUUCCUGGAAUACCAUGAUCUCAUGUCUUGUGAAAAAUGGCAGUCCCUUAGAAGCACUGAUGUUGCUUGGCAAGGUCCACAGAAACGAAGGCGAAGUGGUUGUCCCUGAUUUCAUCUCUGUAUUGACAUCAGUCCAAGCUUGCUCAGAGUUAGCAUCAAUGCAUAUGGGCCAAGUCAUCCAUGGCUACAUUACUAGGUCUGGCUUUGGGGAUGAUAUUUUCAUUGGGAAUUCCCUUGUAACCAUGUAUGGAAAAUCAGGGAGGAUAGACUUUGCACAGAGGGUCUUUGAAGAAAUGCCUGAAAAAGAUGCAGGUUCUUGGAAUGCUAUGAUAGCAGCAUAUGGGAUCAAUGGAGAUGGGAUAUCUGCAUUACAAACUCUUGAAAGAAUGAGGAAAUUGGGUAUGCAUAAGCCAAAUGCAGUUACAUUCGUCAAUGUUCUCUCAGCCUGUAGUCAUUCAGGAUUGGUAGAGGAAGCCUACGAGUGCUUUAAUAAGAUGAGUGAAGAAUAUGGAGUUCAGCCAAGCAUGGAACAUUGUGCAUGCAUGGUUGACCUUCUGGGGAGACAGGGUCGACUUGAUGAGGCAGAAGAUUUCAUAAAGAAGAUGCCUUUCAGGCCUGGCCAAGCUGUAUGGGGAGCUUUACUAGGUUCUUGUGGAUUAUCAAGCAAUCUUGAAGUUGCUGAAAAAGCUGCUAGUAACCUCUCCAUUUUGGAGCCUGAGGGAAAGGUCUGGAGAGUGACAAUGUCAAAUGUUUAUGCAGGAGCCAAGAGAUGGGAGGCUGCCGUGAAGUUGAGACUCGAAAUGAAGCGUGUUAAGGGUCUAAGAAAGGAUGCAGGAUGGAGCAGUGUGGAAGUUAGAGGGGGAAGCUAUAGAUUCAUUGCAGGGGAUACAAGGCAUCCUGAGAGCGAGGAGAUCUACAAAGUGCUAAGAGGGAUCAGGGAACACAUUCAGACCGUCAUUCAAGCUCAUGAAAUCCUAACCCCACAGGAUUGAAUGACAAAGUAGAUUUGGGUUCAGAAAAUGCGAUGGAAACCUCUUUCUUUCUGGCCCUCUUCUCUGGUUCAUCUUAGCAG